AUGGUUUUGGGAUCUUUGCUUCUUGGGUUGUUACUGGGAGGGGCCCGUGUUGUUGCUCUUCCGCAGGAUAGUAGUGAGGAGGAGUUGAGGGAUUGUGGUGAGGCGAGGUAUUAUCCAUCCAUGUACACCUGCUACGAUGGUGAUUUCCUCUGCCCGAUCCUCAAUGGCGAGCCGACCUUGCGCUGCGGCGAGGACUGCUACCUGCCGGAGAUGUACUCUUGCAGCAACGGCGAGCUUGUAUAUCCACCAGGAUCUUCCAUUGCAACGGCGAGUGCAAUAUCGACUUCGACUUCGAGCUCGGCGACCUCUGUGCCCACCUGUACCGAAGAGCCGACGACGCAGUGGCUAAGCGAUCCGCCUUAUGAGAACUACUUCUACUCGGACUGUCAUUCAGCCUCGCAAGUCGUCGUGACGAGUCCGUUGGAGGAUAGUAAUCUGACCAUCAUUGGCCCACGUCUGCUCGUAGCAUGGCCAGCAGGGAACUCGGGCGUCGUGGGUUUCUUCAGCCCGCAGAAUGGCGUUAACGGAUCUCUGGCGAUUCGACUGGAGAAUGGGACGUCGACGUUUCCACUUCAUGGGGCGUACGUCGAGGCCGCGGCGGACUCGUUAUCUGGAUAUCCUUUUGUUGGGAUCAGCACGUUGGUCAACUUCAACUCGUCUGCUGUCUUGACUGUGCCGAUUAUGGGGAGUAUCAGAAACAUUCGGGACUUUACUGAGGGUCCUUCUCUCGUGUAUCCGGUCUUUCAGGAUGCCAUCGAAUGGAAUGAAACUGACGACGGAGGCGUGCUGCUCUCGAGAUUAUGGCUGGACAAUGUAACCACGACGCAGAUGUCCUUCGUCCCAACCAGUGGCGAGGGCAGCAUUUCAAUCCAGACGAACGACCAGGGGAAUCGAACUCUGGAGCUGGCGGCCGGCACGUACAACUUCACAGCCUGGUUCGACUAUCCUCAGCUCACGCAGUUGAACUCCAGCGAAGUUUUGAACGAUCAGUCCCAGGGUCUGAUUGAGUCUCAGUCGGGACAGACGACGUCUCUUUCGUUCUUGUCGUACUCCGAGAAGCUUCUGGCAGGCGCAUGGCGUUUCUUGACGUACUUUGGACGAGACAGCAUGAUCGCUGCUCUGCUCUUACAGCCAGUGCUCUCUGAGGGCGAAGGAGGCGCAAUCGAGGCUGUCAUCGCUGCGGUUCUCGAACGUCUCAACAAGACUUCUGGAAUUGUAUGUCACGAAGAGACGAUAGGCGAUUAUGCAACCUUCUUGAACCUACAGGACAACAUCACAGGUCCGGAAGCGUUGCGUCCUGGCUGUACCUAUCAGAUGGUGGAUACAGACUACUACCUCGCCCCUUUGAUGGAGAACUACUUCCUGAAGACCGAAACUGGAAGGAGCCGCAGAGAAGCCUUCUUCGCCACCAACUCCUCUCUCGACUUCGGAAACAUGGGCCUCACAUACGGCGAACUCGCCCUAAUCAACGCCGAAGCCGUAGUCAAAAACUCCGCCCCCUUCGCCCAGUCCGGCGGUCAAACCAAGGACAACCUCAUCCACCUCGAAGAAGACCAACUCGUCGGCGAAUGGCGCGACAGCACCUACGGUAUCGGCGGCGGCCGCAUCCCCUACGAUGUAAACACGGGCCUCGUCCCAGCAGCCCUCCGCUCCAUCAGCGCCCUCUCCAGCGCAGGUUUCUUCCCCUCCCACCCAGACUGGCAACAAACCGCCGCCGCCUACGCCCAAGUCUGGGAAGACAACACGCUCCAAUUCUUCCAAAUCACCAUCCCCAUCGCCGAAGCGAAAUCUCUCGUAGAGAACUACACCCAAACCGCCGGCCACGACUUCCCCUCGCACGCCGACGACAUCAGCGCAGAUAUCGUCUUCCACGGCCUCGCGCUCGACGGGAACAACAACCAAUCCAUCGUCCGCGUCAUGAACACAGAUGAUUGUUUCCGGCUGUUCUUGACCAACACCACCAACAACGAGCAGUUGACCUCUUUCCUCAACCAGUCGGCCAACAAUAUCCUCGCGCCGUUUCCGGUCGGUUUGAGUAACCCCGUGGGACUUUUGGUCGCGAAUCCGGCGUAUGGAGACGAUCCUGUCUAUGCGGCCAACUGGACGAAUAACGCCUACCACGGAACGGUGGUGUGGUCCUGGCAGUUGGCCAUGACGGGCGCUGGGUUACAAAGACAGCUCGAACGAUGUUCUGCGUCGACGCCUGCUCCGGCUUUCUGUCAGGAUGAGGUUGUGAGGGGGAAUGUGAGGGCGGCGUAUAACCAUCUCUGGGACCUCAUCGAGGCGAAUGAGCCGUAUAUCAACAACGAGGUGUGGUCGUGGUUGUAUCAGGAUGGGGAGUUUACGUUCGAGCCGCUGGGGGCUUUGCCGCCUCCUGCUGGACUGAAUCCCACCGAGUCGAAUGUCAGACAACUCUGGUCACUGACCUGGCUGGCGGUGACGCGCGAUGAAUCUCUGAGGUAG